ACACCAGUCUUUCUAGCCCACCAUAGUGCCACUAUCACUAUCACCUAUCACUAUCACUUUUACAAUCGAGAUCAGUGGCUCGCCCCGAUGGAAAACUGUCGGAGGGGCUGCUCCUUGUGUUUCCUUCCUCCAUGGUUUGGGGGGCACACAGAGGGACGACACGAACACACGGUGGUGAAUGUCCCUGUUUGCCGUAUUUGGCGAGAAAUGCGAGAAACGAACACGAGCGAAUCCACAGGUUAAAUGAGCCUCAGCCAAUCAUGAUCGAGAAAGAUCACGUGAGCGAUCGAAGCCAAUGAAAAGCACAGAGCCGGAAUUUGGCGGGAGAUGCCAGUGGCUACACGGUACACGGCUACACGCUACGCCACGCUACACUACACUACACGAUUUUCGCAGCGCUCCCUGCGCCUGCCUUUUACUUCCACCCUUUACGCCUCUACCUACCCAUGCUGUAGAAUUCUGUCUUAAAACAACGAAGCCACACAUGAAACAAGUGACUUUGUCCAGAGUUUGGCAGCCCAAAGCCGCACAUGUAAAUGAUGAGGUAGUGAUUGACAGCGACGACGAAGACCAAUUUUUAGUGCAAGCAAUGGACAAUACACUGGCGGCGUUGGAUCCUCCGUGUGGAGCCCCUUUGGAGGAACUGCCAGGGUUUGACGUGACAGCUGGUAAAACUUGGAUCUACCCGACCAAUUAUCCUGUUCGCGAGUACCAGUUCAAUAUAGUGAAAUCAUGCUUGUUCAACAACACCUUAGUCAUCCUACCUACAGGUUUAGGUAAAACAUUCAUCGCGGCGGUUGCAAUGUACAAUUUCUACCGCUGGUACCCCAGAGGAAAAAUAAUUUUCACAGCUCCAACAAAGCCCUUAGUGUCGCAGCAGAUCGAAGCUUGUUUUAAUGUCAUGGGGAUUCCUCUGGAAGACACAAUAGAGAUGACAGGUACUAUGCAAGCUGAAAAAAGGAAGAAAGCGUGGAGGGAACGACGCGUCUUUUUCCUUACCCCGCAAGUGAUGGCCAAUGAUUUAUUGCGUGGAGCCUGCUUACCAAAAGAUGUCAAAUGUGUUGUCAUAGAUGAAGCGCACAAAGCAUUGGGCAACUAUGCCUAUUGUCAGGUGGUGAGUGAGCUGACAAAGUACACGAGGGAGUUCCGAGUGAUUGCACUCAGUGCAACACCUGGGAGCGAUAUCGCUGCAGUGUACCAAGUGGUGAAAAACCUAUUAAUCUCACACGUGGAAUUGAGAACAGAGGAAUCCCUGGACAUCCAGAGAUACACCCAAGAUCGAACCAUAGAGAAAGUGGUUGUACCUCUCGGUCAACAACUGGGAUUGAUCAAAGACCGGUUUCUAGGGGUGAUAGGAGUUUACCUUCAGAGGUUGUCAUCCCACGGCGCUGUGCCUUCUGUAGAUCCAGGCAGUCUUGGUAAAUUCCGCAUUCUCAAGAUGAAAGAGGCAUUCCAGGCUAAUCCUCCAGUAGGAAUGGCUCCUGCUACCUUUGGCCAAUUGCAGGCAGACUUUGGUCUCUUGAUCAGCCUGUACCAUGCCUAUGAGCUCUUGCUGGCACAUGGUCUUAGGUCCUUUUGCAAUUUUCUUAAAGGUGUCUUGGAUGGAGACAAGAGCAAUCCUAGAGCACGUUACCAACUCUUGCACAACACUGUCUUUAGAGAACUUUUUUCUGAGCUACAGGAGACACUUGGGACCAGCUUGAAUGAGACGCUCACUCCAAAUGGCCUCAAUGAGUCUAUUGUGGAGGAUGUAAACCAAACUUAUGGACAUCCGAAGCUGGCCAAGCUGGAGGAAAUUGUGCUAGAGCAUUUUAGACGCCUCAAAAAUGGUACGCGGGUCAUGAUCUUUUCCCAAUAUAGGGACAGCGUAAAAGAGAUCACAACACUGCUCAACAGGCACAGACCACUUGUCAAGGCCAUGAAUUUUGUGGGACAGAAUACGACCAGAAACAAAGGAUUUACUCAGAAGCAGCAAAUUAUGGUGGUGAAAAGGUUUCGGGAAGGAGGAUACAAUACGUUGGUGUCAACAUGUGUCGGAGAAGAAGGGCUGGACAUUGGAGACAUUGAUCUGAUCAUCUGCUAUGAUGCUCCCAAAAGCCCUAUUCGGCUGGUGCAACGAAUGGGGCGUACGGGACGCAAACGUCAAGGACGCAUCGUCGUUCUCCUCACUCAAGGAAAGGAAGAACAGGCAUACAGGCAGAGCAACUACAAGAAGCAGAGCAUCCACAGGGCUAUCUCCAGUGGAGCUCAAUUUAAGAACCUGUACAGUGAUGCUCCCCGCAUGGUGCCCAGAGGAUUGAACCCAGUGUGCCAUCGCAUGUACAUGAGUGUACAUGAAUAUCAGAGCACAAACCACAAAGCCAUGUUGACAGGAAAGGAGAAGACAUUAUUAACGACAGAAGAGCAGCUCUACUUUGAGGCCCAUUUUGAGAUGCCAAAUGACCAGUGGCCCCAUAUUUCGCAGCCUCGGUUUUUGACGCUAAGAAAAAAUAACGUUUGUGAAGGACAACUGUCCCUUAGCAGAUGGACACCCUGGCAGAACAUGCUUCAGCCCACAUUCAAGGUGAAACAUUCAUCAAAGGCAAAAGUGUACGUACAUGUGAUGCAAGUCAUUGACAAUCUUCGCCUUGUGGGGCCAGAACCCUUCGAGCUGACAUUGAAGCAUUGCUUUGAAAGUGAGGAUGUCCAACAAGAGCAGUCCAGGAACGAAACAAAAGAAAACAAAUCUCCAAGAAGGAGGAGGAUUACAGACUUUUUUGACGACGACUUCGAAAGUACAAGAGCACCACAACUUCUCCCACCCAAUGAAGACGACUUGCAAGUACAGGAAAAUGCGUUGGCUAAGAUGCAGACGUUAGAGAUGAUCUUUCGUGCACCUUUGGAUGAGGAGAAUGAUGAUGAGUGUCGCAUUGAAAUUUGGACACCUCCUCCUCUAGAAAGCAUUGUUUUCUCGCACAAGGCAGAUGGAAUAUUUCUUGACAGAAAAGAAAGUGCUUUAGUUGAGAAAAGAAUGUUGACAGUACACCCUGCAGACAAGGAUGUGCUUGACAGUAUAAACUGCACAUUCAGGUCUCAAGUUAAUAUUAAUAGUCAUCUGGAAGACCUUGUGAUUGUACCUUCAAAGCCUGUUAAAGAUGAAAGUUCGCCUUUCCUGGAUGAUUGGGAGCAAUCAACCGUAGAGCAAGAUCACCAGGUUGAGAUUGGUUUCAUUGAAGGGCUGCCCAUUGUUGAAGGCGUGUCCCAUUCGACUCCAAUUACUUCACCAAAAGUUUCCUCACUCACAAAUGGAAAACUGUUGGAAGACAGCAAGGAGCUCUUCCAGCAUGCCCAAUGGGACAAGCAGUCACGGAGCAAACCGGACUUGGAACUGGAGGUUGACCUCAGUGAGUGGGAUGACGAGAUGCCAUCCUGUCAAGUGAAAACCGAUCAAGUAUUUAGGGGCGGAACACUUUCUGCAGGGAGUGGUUCAGAUGAUGAUUGUCCUGUUGGGAAAGCCCCUCACCAAAGGAAAAGAAAAGUAAUCAACAGGCUUGUGAGCAGUGAGGAUGAAAGCCAAGAUGCACAAAGGAACCCCACAAAGAAAAAGAAGGCACCUUGCAAAUUUUUAGAGGAUGAAGCCGAAGUAUCAUCAGGAGCUUCCGAAGACGAUUCGGAAGGUAGCAGUUUGGACUCCUUGGAUGGGAGUUUCAUCGACGAUGAAGAAGAAACGUCGUCCCCAAUAGAGGCCUUUUACAUGCAAUCUACCAAGAGCUUCAUCCAACAGGGCCAGUUCAAGAUUGGCUAUCGAGCUUCACCAUUGAAUGACGUUUACUCUCAGGUGGUUUCCCAGGAUAUAUCGGACUAUCUCCAGGACAGCUUCUGUGUGAAGGAAGAUGAAAUACCGAAACGCCAGAAGCGCAACAAAUCUCGGAGACAACUCGUCACUUCAUUUCAUACUGUGAGAGUGCCAUACAGCAUCAACUACAGCCAGAGGACCUCCAGAAUAGCACAGAAAAAGGUGCCGAUCAGAGUGCUUGAAGAGCCAGAAUGUCUCCAGCAGGAACUCAAAUUGGAGCAACACAGAUGUCAAAGUGGCACAGCUGAAGGUAGCAUGCUAGUCAUUGCUGACACAAGAGUUAUCGUUUCAAACCCGGCACUAGUCUCGGGACUCCGAUCGCUGUCCGGCCUCACUGUCCAAGUGCGAUCACUCUCUGCUGGGGACUUCCAACUUAGUCACCGAAUGGGAGUCAUUUGCGUGUCCCACCUUACAAGCCGGGACCUGCUACAGCAUGUACGACGCCUGUUUGACCUUUAUGAUCGUCCCUGCAUCAUUCUGGAGCACAAUCCUCAUGAAUGUCCAACCCAAAAGAAGAGGCAUUUUUACGUGACGUUGCUGCAGCUUGUUUCAACACAUGCAAAGGUUCUUCUGUCGGCCUCCCAAGAUAACACUGUGCUGAUACUAACUGCGCUGGCAAGACAGGAAGAGCGCAAAGGCAUGGCCAUUCCAGUACUACCUCAGCUCAAGGACCUUGAAGAGAUGAUUCCAUUCUACUUGGCUGUGCCCAAAGUGAAUUUAGGGGUUGCCAUCAGCUUGGCUGCACGUUAUCGGAGCAUCAUGCAGUUUUUACAGAGCACUGUUGAAGACAUUCAGAGGACAGGGAAAGUAUCCAAUAGCAGGUCACAAGAAAUUGUCAGCUUCUGUUGCAAGGCAAGCAAGUUUUAACAGACGAGGAAAACAUGGUUUUGUGCGCUGUAAACACAGGCCGUGAUAUCUUUAUUUAUACUAUUAAAAAGGUUGUUCAGUGCAAUAGG